AUGGACUUUUCUUCAACAAAGAGCUUACCAGAUUCUCAAACAUGGUGGUCAAAAGGAUGCUCCGACAUCAUUGACGGGUCGGUAUCCGUACCCGUUGUGGACCUUAUGGAUCCGAAUGUCAAGGAAGCAAUAAGACUUGCAUGUGAAGAGUGGGGUAUUUUUCAACUAAAGAACCAUGGAAUACCACUAUCUCAAUUGAAUGAUGUGGACGAAGAGAUCAAACGCCUAUUUUCCCUCCCAACUGAGCAAAAGGCAAAAGCCUUAAGGCCUCCUGGUGCUAAGUCUGGGUAUGGUUCAGCUAACAUUUCACCAUUCUUCUCCAAGGUCAUGUGGCAUGAAGGGUUCACCAUUGUUGGUUCUUCCUAUGAUGAUGCUGGAAAAGUUUUUCCUGAUCUUGAUGAUCAUGCACGUUUCUGCGAAACAAUAGAGGAAAUUCAGAAGCAAUUGAAGAAAUUAGCAGAGAAGGUCACAUGUGUGAUAUUGGAGUUAUUAGGGGUACGUGAUGAAGAGAAUAAAUGGGUUAAGAGCAAUAACCAUACACUUCGAAUGAACUUGUAUCCGAGCUAUCCAGACCCAGAUGAAGCCAUUGGUUUAGCACAACAUAAAGACACAUCAAUAAUCACAUUCCUCCACCAAACCCAAGUCUAUACCCAAACCCGAAGCCAAGUCCAAACUCAAGACCAAACAAGUGGGCUUCAGUUCUUCAAAGAAGGAAUCGGGUGGGUUCCCGUUUGCUCGGAUCCGGAUUCUUUUGUGGUUCUGGUUGGUGACAUCCUUGAGAUAUUAUCUAAUGGAAGGUUCACUUCAGUGCUACAUCGUGUCACAGUGAGUAGGGAUGCUAAUCGGUAUUCCUAUGCAUUUUUUCAUAGGCCCUCAUAUGAAACUCUUAUUUCUCCUUUUCACUCUCCUCCUCGUUUUCAUGCUGUAACAUUGAAGGAAUAUGACGCUAUCAAGGCGAAGGACCGACCCAAUGCAUUGGCUUCCAUCUCCAUUUAA